UCUUCUAUGAUCCGUCUGUGUCGUGUCCUGCAGGUUUUACCUCACAGCCCGAAGUAGAUUGUCGGAAAAAGGCGUCACAAGAUGGAGAAUUUGAACAGCUUUUGGCAAUUGGGUGAUGACCUUCGAGGGCAAUCAAAAGUUUCUGAAGAUCAUAAAUGGUUAGUGGCUGCCUCUAAAUUAGCUGAGCAGACCAGGUCAAAGGGUGAACGCAUGAAUAAUCUUGAUCUUUCAAAAGGCUCGGCUGACUUAAGAACAAGAGAUAAGUUUGGGUUCCAGGAAGACAACAAGUUUGAGAGCCUUAACUUCAACAUGUUGAACUUGGAUUCUAAGAUAGCAGAUAAUGUGAGCAGAAGUUCCUUCCGGGGUGGUAUUUAUAAUAUGAAUGCUGUCUACCAGAAAAACAACAGCAAUACUCCAGGUAAUUUGAAUGGGAACAAGUAUAGCGGCAAUAAUCACAACAUCAAAGAGGCCAAUAAUAACAGUAACACCAGCAAUAACAAUGAAAACAGCAAUGCAAACAAUGCAGUAGACAAAAGGUUCAAAACUUUGCCCACAACAGAGACACUCCCUCGUAAUGAGGUGCUUGGUGGAUACAUCUUUGUGUGUAACAAUGAUACAAUGCAGGAAGAUUUAAAGCGCCAGCUGUUUGGUUUACCACCAAGAUAUAGGGAUUCUGUGCGAGCAAUUACUCCAGGCUUACCUCUAUUUCUCUAUAACUACACUACUCAUCAGUUGCAUGGAAUUUUUGAGGCAGCAAGUUUUGGUGGUUCUAACAUAGAUCCCACUGCUUGGGAAGACAAGAAGUGUAAAGGCGAGUCUAGGUUCCCUGCUCAGGUAAGGAUCCGUAUGAGGAAACUGUGCAAGCCACUGGAAGAGGAUGCCUUUAGGCCAGUCUUGCAUCACUAUGAUGGCCCCAAGUUUCGACUUGAGCUCUCAGUUCCUGAGACACUGGACCUGUUAGAUCUCUGUGAACAAGCUGGGUCUCAGUAAGCAGAACUUGGCUGAAUAUGGAAAUGUGUUUGCGGUGUAAUGUAGUGCCUGCUUUUCGUAGGUUUUCCAAAGAGCGCAAGCUUGUGUUGUUACCUGGUUGGAUGAUGAAUCAUCUAGUUAAAAAUAUGAUGAGGCAAUCCAGUCAGUCUGAAUAAAUGUAGUGUCUUUAUGUAGAUGAUGAUCUGUGAGCUUUUUGAAGCGUAUUGUAUGAAUUAAACUUAUAUUGACAGAAAUGGACGAUGUAAAAGAGAAUGAUAGCCCUCGAAAGAUGAAGGCUUAGUCUCUGUGUUGUUUUCUGUAUGUUGGUUUGGUAUUAUGGGAAACAUAGUCAACCAUGUGGGGUUGAUCUAGUUUUCUUGACCUGCCUUUACUUU